CACCCGCAUCAAAGCAGCGCCUCUCUCUCUCUUUUCUCGCAGGUUUGCAUUGCCAAGGGUAUAAGCCGAUGUCUAUUUUUGGAAACUGUAGUGGCCAUUUUCUCCUGCUUUCUUUGUGUUUGGUGCAUUUUUUGUUUUGUUUUUACAUUUUAUUUUAAGGAUUAUACGUCGUGCUGUAUGCGGCCAAUGUGAGCAUCUCUGUGGCCGUGUAGAUUUUGGAAUGGAAGACACCUUCCGGCUGCACAUUUCGCAUUUUCGAAUCGCAUUUUAAUCCCACAUGAACACUCCAGUGUCUGAAAUGAAGAUUGAGAGGAAGCUUUAGCCCACGGGGGACGAGAUAACAAUCGGGCCUGCAGCGUGGGGGCUUAUCACGGACCGGUGUUGCGUGCAAACCGAACCGAAGACCUGGAAUUCGACUGCAUUUUUUUUUUUUGCUGCAAGGUGUUCAUCGUCUGCAUGGAUACCACAAGGAGAGUCGACUAGUUGUCAGAUUCACAGAGGUGAGACAUUUUGGUCCGGUUCCAAUAACGGAGCUUUCCUCCCACUGGUCCCAAUCAUCCGUCCUCUGUCGCUCCGCUGACCCUCAGCAGGCAUUAUGGGUACAGUGCUGUCCCUCUCUCCCAGCUACCGCAAGGCCGCCCUGUUUGAGGACGGCCCUGCCACAGUGGGUCACUACACGGCCGUCCAGAACAGCAAGAAUGCCAAGGAUGCCGCCGCAGCUGCUGCGAAGUCCCUCAAACGUCCCUCCAUCAUCAGUGUGCUGCCGUGGAAACGUAUAGUGGCUGUGUCAGCAAAGAGGAAGGGCUCCAAAAAGCUGCAGUCUGACAGCGGAGAUGGCGGGAAAGGAUGCUCGCCCGACGCGGACGCCGUCAUCACCUCUAGUUCGGCUUCCAACAGCUUGAAGCUGAAAAAGUCGCAGUCCUGUGCAAACCUUUCCUCUUACGCUUCCUGUCAGGAUCCCUCGACCACCACCACGACUACCUCUUCCCACCUCCCCACCUCCAAGACCCUGAUUAAUGUAGCAACAGUAGCUGCCAAAAAGAAUUCCCUAACAGGCUCCGGGAUCCAACCUUCGACUGCAGUUGGCACACCAAAGCGUGUUAUUGUUCAGGCCUCCACCAGCGAGUUGAUGCGCAGCCUCGGUGAAUUCCUAUGCCGCCGUUGCUACCGACUGAAGCGUCUCUCCCCGACCGAUCCGGUCCUGUGGCUACGCAGCGUGGACCGCUCCCUCCUCCUUCAGGGCUGGCAGGAUCAAGGCUUCAUCACCCCGGCCAAUGUGGUCUUCCUCUACAUGCUGUGCCGCGACGUGGUCUCCGCCGAGGUGGCCUCGGAGCGCGAGCUGCAGGCGUCGCUGCUCACAUGUCUCUAUCUCUCUUACUCCUACAUGGGCAAUGAGAUCUCCUACCCAUUGAAGCCCUUCUUGGUCGAGGCUGAGAAGGAGGCAUUCUGGGACCGCUGCCUGGAGAUCAUCAACCGCAUGAGCGGCAAGAUGCUCCAGAUUAACACCGACCCGCACUUCUUCACCCAGGUGUUUGCUGACCUGAAGAAUGAGAGCAAGAAAGAAGAGGAGAAGACCAAACUCUUUAUAGGCCUUGACCGAUAAAAGGAGGUGGGAGGUGGGAAGAAAAUGAAAGGAGGGUGUUAAUAUGUCAUGGACAGGUGGACUACUGUACUGCAGUGUACUUUAAAACAGUGGUGUUGUCUGGCGUCUCUAAUGUUUUAUACUUGUCUUAUUUCGGACAACAAGGGAACAGAAAGUCAGUUAUUAUCUGCUAAGUGGAUUUAAUUAGUCUGUGCCCGACAAAGCUAAAAUCCUACUAGGUCAUGGGGUCCAAACACGACAUCACCUCUUAGCUUUGUUUUAUAAUAAAAAUAGUGUAAUAUCGAAUAAUAAAUCUCAUUAAUAAUGGCUUUUAUGUUUAGAAUUUGGUCACCCCUGAACUAAGUGAUAACAUUAAAUAAUAAGGGCAUGCCCAAGCUUGUGACCUAUGUGUUGCAUCAGUGAGGUAAGAAUUGUCAGUCCUGUUGAAGUGGUAGUGAUAGUUUUUUUUUGUGACUGAAAGAUUAGAAACACCAGACAACAUGCAGUUAUAUAAGUAAAGCUGAGUAGUAUACGUAAUCAUAAAGUUACAGGAUACUGAUACCACGUUGCAUGAGGUCACUAAGUCAUCAGUCACCGGACAUGACCGCUUGCUUAUUGCCAACUCCAAUUAACCUUUUCCCUAUUCUCAUAAGCUUAUUGCACUCAUCGGCACUCUGCAAGCUCUGAGGUGUUGAAAACAUACGAUACAAAUAUAUUAGUGGGCUCAUUUUUAAUGAUGUUCUUAUGUAGGAGCUGCUUGGAAUUGUCAUUAUCAGUGGAACUCGUUUACGUCAGUCCCUGUUUAUGUCACCCAAACCAACCAAAUCAUCAAGUCCUGAUGCAUCGUGUUUUUAUUACUAAAAAGUGCCCACUUAAGUUGACGUUGACAUACAUUGUUGAUGUAAAAUUUGAGAUCCAAAGGAGUUAUUUAUAUGAUAAAUGGUUGUGCAAGCAAUGGUUAGUUUCGAUUUCAUUUCAUUGUCAGUCUACCAUGAUGUAGACAUAAACAAGUUCCACUGUAUUAUCAUCGAACAGACCCAUCAGUAAAUCGUAUACAAAAACAUACUGCUUAUCCUCAAUGGGGAUUUAUAUAAUAACUCCCCAUUCUCCUGCACUUUUUUCCCCGAGGUCAGGGUUGUCCAAAGUUUGGCCUGGUGGCCAGUUCUAUCCCGCUGAUAAAAUUCAUUCGGACAUUCCACAGGAAUGGCGAAAAUCCCCCUGAAAAUGGUCGGCUACCAGAAUGUCUUGAUGAUUUUUGUGCGUUACUCCUGCCACUCUUCAGCGGGGGGUGUAACUGAGCAGGGUUCAGGAUGGGAGGUGUUGUCGGAUCAGGUCAAGGGACCCCUAAUGUACAGAAUGAAAAUGUUUGCCCGGAUACACACAUUGUUGGUUUUAGCUUUAACCUUAACAUCCUCUCCGGUUAUGCCAGAGUCAGGCCGUCAAAAUAAAUUUUCCCUUAUUUUUCCAAUGCAAAUAUUGCAUCAACUGCCUCAAUUCUUGCUUGAGUUAACACACAGUGGAAAAACUUUGGACACCCCUGCCCAAGAUCUAUAAUGGUGCUGUCUUAAAUGACAACAAGAACAAAAUUUAAACUUUUUUAGAACAGUGUGAAAGUACAAAAGAAAGCAAACCACGAUGGGAGCAUCACUUAAAAUGAGGAUGUGGCAUCACACUGGCACAAAGUGCUGCCACCAUUUUAUCAUUUGACAUCCAUUCUACAUAUUUCUCCCCUUUACUGGUCUCAUAGACUGUAUAAAUACUGAUGCAGAUUCAAUUCUAACGUUUGUGUUAUGAAUGAGGGUGUGGAUCGGAAGAUAACGUUGACUUCUCUGGAAUGAAAGUGUUUUGGAGUGUGGAUUUUGUCAUGGAGAGAUUGUAGUUUACCCCAAAUGUGAAUGAAGUCAAUGCGCUAAAGUUCUUCUAAACCAAACUCCUUCAUGGACCUUGCUUUGUGACGCACAGUCAGUCAAGUUGGAAGCAUACAAAUGCCUUUUGUAUGCAUCUUGACCUGCAUCAAGCGCCCUUUUAUACAGUCUAUGCUCCUCGUGGCAGCAGACAAACACCGCAGUUCACAACUUCAUUCAUCCAGCAAAUUGCAUGUGUGCUUUUAUAGCUUGAUAGGCAUGCUGCUUUUUGGCUAGGCGCUAUACUUUACAAGAAAGACUGGGUACAAGUGCAGAGAGGUCGAUUCCUGUAUACAAAGACUCACUCUUGAAGGAAAAGUGUGAAAAGGUAGUCAAUGCUAUGCACAUAUCAAUAAGCAUUGACUGUUAAGGGCAUCUUGGUCACAUUGUAAUAACAGAAUACUACACUUCAAAAUCUACAAUUAACAUAAAUUGUUUUAAUUCACUGAAAGGAAACUGUAAUGAAAUUCUAUGCUGAAUACAUAUUCAAUCAUAAUAUAAUAGAGAAAUACAGUGGAACCCGCUUAAGUCGGUCAGCCAAUUCAUCAAGUCCUGGUCCACCGUCUUCCUAUUGGGGAUAUUUCUAAGAAUAAACGGUCCGUUUAUGUCGACAUGCAUUGUAGUAUUGUUUACUUACCAGUGUGAAACCACCACAACGUAACUACUGCCUAGUUACACAGUAUUAAAACAUACACACCGUGACUUCCUGUUCAGUGCAAAGUCGGCUUUAAAAUAACAGCUUGGCAGCAUUAACCUGGAUUCUACUACAGUAACUAACAAAACACAGCCUUUUUAUUUCAUUUUAUAGGAUUGUCAAUGUAGUCAAGACAUACAAUGAAGUUAAUGCAGCAGCUGUGUUACAUAUGAGUAUAAAGUAUCAUAUCAAAAUGCAAGAAUCUAAAUAAAAUAUGCACAAAUGGAGGAAAAACUGUGCUAAAAAUACUUUACUCUAUUUUCUGGAUCUGACUUUUUUUCAUGGUUUGGCUGGUCCUGGGACUUAUACUCCAGAGCGACUUGUGUAUGUAAAUCAUAUGGUGCAGAUUACAAGCUGCAAGUAAACUCAUUAUGUUGUGUUGUUUAAGCUAUAGUUAUCUGAAUAACUGUCAAUAUGUUACAUUAACGGCUGCAUGUUGGACGAGUGGUUAGCGCUCAGACCACACAGCUGGGAGACCCGUGAGUGGGUUUUCUCCACAUUCCAAAAACAUGCUAGGUUAAUUGGCGACUCCAAAUUGUCCAUAGGUAUGAAUGUGAGUGUGAAUGGUUGUUUGUCUAUAUGUGCCCUGUGAUUGGCUGGCCACCAGUCCAAGGCGUACCCCACCUCUCGCCCGAAGACAGCUGGGAUAGGCUCCAGCAUGCCCGUGACCCUUGUGAGGAUAAGCGGUACAAAAAAUGGAUGGAUGUUACGUUAACAUACAGCCUAUAGACGUUAUGUCAACAGACGCCUAUUUUAUUAGUAGUAGUAUAACUUGCCUUACAAGAUGAAAUGUCGGUUCUUGGUUCUUGGUUCUAAAAUACAUAUCCCCACAAAAUAUGGUCCAGUGCGACUUAUAGUCCGGAAAAUACAGUAAAUGUGUUUAGUUUAGAUUUCAAUUUCAGUCGAGUUGACCAUAAACGGGUUUCACUGUAUCAGCUAAUUUAGAGAUACUGUGAAAGAAAAUACAGAAGAGCAGUUUCCUUUUUGAAGAAAGUGUCGGUUUAACCGUCAAAUCCAAAACACCAAAACCCGGAAACAUCGACAUUUGGAGCAUUCUACUUUGAGAUUAGUCUGCACACAGGGACACAGGGAAUUCCAAUGACUAAAACACCAUAAAAUGCCAUGCCUAUGUAUGGUUGUUGAUGUUUGAACUCUUGUUUUUCGUUCUGGUGGUAAUAAUGUAGCCCGAAUCCAGAAUCUGACCUCACAAUUCAUGUUAUGCAUAUGAAUAAUGAUACACGUGUUUUUAUGUUGUUUUCUGUUUCUGCUGGAUUGAAUAGACUAAUAGUAGCAUUUCUCUAAAGGACAGUUGCUUAGGUGAUAUUAUAUAUACCGGUACUUGGUUUGGUUGCAAUUACACAACAUAAUUUCAGGUUUGAAUAUUCCUAAUACAGUCACUUCAUUGACACUCAAGUGAAUAAUACCAUUUAUUUAUAUUUCACUUCAUUUCUUAACUGUCAGUAUUCUAGGUAGCUACUAGCCGAACAAAUAGGCAGAUAUAAUACAAGCUUUAUGAGUUGUGUGAAAGCACAUACAGUGGUUUAAGUCUAACAAAAUUGCAUAUCUUUUUUUAAAUCGGACACUAAGCUCACGCUGUAGCUUAUUGAUAUGCUGAAACACUUACUUUUAUUGUUUGUGCAUGUGAAAAGGCUUCUUACUGGGAUGUUUUUCCAGUAUUAAAUGUUUAAGCUGCUGCAAAUGGUGCAGCUACCAAACCCAAUUACUGUAAGAGCAAGACAUGACAGUCAGUAUUAGGCUGGAAUCUUUUCUAAGCUGUGUGGGCUGGAUCACGUAAUAUUUAUUAUCAUAGAGCAGAUGAACACUGUAAUGAAUUCUCUAGUCUUUUUAUAUUUGGACAGGUGAAUUGUCAACCAUACGGUGUAUUUUAGAGGCAGUUUUCACCCACUGUCCGUGUUCUUCAUCACAGAAUUGCAUUGGGACUAUUUUGUGGCAUGCGGAUUUUCCAGAAAGAAGAGCGGGUGAUGAUGUGUUUGUGAUGAAUGUUGUUGGAAUUCUUCACAAAUGGAUUCCGCCCGCUUCAAUGAAGAAAUGUGACAAGGAGAGGCAGCAUUUUAAAGACCUUCUGAGAGAACUUUGAAUCCUUCCAAUCAUCUCUCAUCAACUAUGUGCCAUAUUUGCAACGCGUACAAGACAAAAACUAUCGUGUAAUAUAAUUAUUCUCGCAUUAUUAUGUUUUUUUUUUCAUUCGUGAAACAUACUGUGUAACAAGAAUCUUUGUUGAAACUGAAAUCUACUAGUGUUGAUAGAAUACUGAUGCUGCAGUCUGUUACUAUGUGGAUGUAUGAAUAUGUAUGCAAGAAAGAACAAGUCGAUCAGCUGUUACAGGUACUUUGUAUUAAAACAUUUACAAGCAA